GAAGAGCCUGCGUGGCCUUGGCCGCGGGCAAGCCUCUCUUUUUCCUCCUUCCCUCCGUCUAGGGCUUCCUCGCCGCCGCCGCCGCCGCCGCCGCACCUCCUCCCCCCUGCCGCGACCUCCCCUCUCCUCUCCCGCCGCCAGCUGCCCGAGCGUCAGGUGCUCACCUCCGACACUCCUCCGGCCGAAGCGCCCGCUCCCAGCCAGUCAAAGGGCCUGCGCGAUGGAGGUUGGUAACGGGGGCGAUUCGGCCAUGGAGGUGGAGGCGGAACUGAGCCCGUUCGCGGCCGCGGCCUCCGGUUCUCCGGUCCCCGGCGGCGUGGCCUCACCGGCGAGGCGGCUUGGCCUCAAGAACAGCAUCCAGACCAACUUCGGCGACGACUACGUCUUCCAGAUUGCUUCUUGCCAGGAGAUCUCAACGCUCGCGGUGUCUCUGUCGACGAACGCACUCAAGUUCUAUGCUCCAGCAACUGGACAGUAUUUGGGGGAAUGCACAGGGCAUACAGGGUCCAUCCAUGAGAUUGCCUUUUCAGCCCCGUCAUCGCCGCAGGUGAUAUGCUCUUGCUCUGCUGAUGGAACCAUCAGAGCCUGGGACACAAGGAGCUUCAAGCAGAUAUCUUUGCUAAAUGCUGGCCCCUCGCACGAAAUGUUUAGCUUCUCCUUUGGUGGAACAAGUGGUAACCUACUUGCUGCUGGUUCUAGUUCCAAGGUUCUGUUGUGGGACUGGAGAAGUUCAAAACAGGUAGCCUGCUUAGAGGAAUCCCACAUGGAUGAUGUAACCCAGGUUCGAUUUGCACCAAAUCAACAGAGUAAACUCAUUUCUGCGGCAAUUGAUGGUUUAAUAUGCGUCUUCGACACUGAUGGUGAUAUCAAUGAGGAUGAUCAUUUGCUAUCUGUUAUGAAUGUGGAGACUUCUGUUUCCAAGGUGGGUUUCUAUGGAAGCACAUAUCAGAAGCUUUGGUGUUUGACUCAUAUUGAAACACUAAGCACUUGGGACUGGAAUGAUGGGACUAGAGAAUUGAAUAUAGAGAAUGCUCGUUCCCUGGCUAGUGAUAAAUGGAACCUUGACCAUUUGGAUUACUUUGUCGAUUGCCACUACUCUCUGCCUGAUGACCGCUUAUGGGCUAUCGGUGGCACCAGCGAGGGGACACUAGGUUACUUCCCUGUGAAAAACGAUCCUGCGGGAAUGAUUGGUUCGGCGGAGGCUGUCCUGGAAGGAGGCCACACAGGAGUUAUUAGGACCAUAUGCCCAGCUGGAAGCAGUCUUGAGAGCCUCGGCAAAAACAAGGGUAUCUUCGGGUGGACAGGAGGCGAGGAUGGCCGUCUAUGCUGCUGGCGUUCCGAUGACGUAGCAGCGACAAAAAAGUCCUGGAUCUCCAGUACGCUCGUGUCACGCGUCGUCGACAAGAAAACGAGAAUCCGACAUCAGCCCUACUGACCUUCCAAGAUUGAUGUCUGGUCUCUCGGUUAACGCAUCCAUAUGAGAUUUGGUUUUUGUUUGUAUCGAGGCGAUAAUGGCGGGUCCCUGAUUUUCUUGCCAAUUAACCAUACGAUCCUGUUAUUGCUGUUUCCUGGCUUUACUAAUUUUUUAUGUUGGUAAAUGAAGCAUGGAGUGCGUUGGUCGUGAUGCCUCCUCCCUACAAUUUUCUCCUUUAUAUUUUGGUCUUAACUUAUUAACUUUUUAUACUUCUCUCUUAUGUAUCGGAUAUCAUUCCUUUUUUUCUUUAUUAAUCUUCCACUUGUAUAGUUGCAUUAUAA